CUUCCGGUCCCUCAAUACAAACACAUGGAAACUAGCCGCUAGCUCAGAAAACAACACAAAAAGUGGCAAUAAAAGCCACCGAAGAUGGUCCAGUUCAGUAGAAUCUGCUUCCGGAAGUAUGGAAACUUUGUGGAUAACCUCCGCCUGUACGUCCGUGGAGGCAGUGGGGGUAUGGGUUUACCCCGAUUUGGGGGACAAGGAGGGAAUGGGGGAAAUGUUUGGGUGGUGGCUACAAAGAACAUGACCUUAAAGAAGAUCAAGGACAAGUACCCCCAAAAACGUUUUGUGGGUGGAACAGGAGCCAACAGCAGUGUCCGAGCACUGAAAGGAGAGAGUGGGGAGGACAAGGAGGUCUUGGUUCCUGUUGGUAUUACAGUCACCACAGAUGAUGGAAAAAUUCUUGGUGACCUGAAUACUGAGAAUGAUCGUCUGAUGGUGGCUAAAGGAGGAUCUGGAGGCUCCUUGUACUCUGACUUCAAACCCAGUAAGGGCCAGGCCAAACAUGUAAGGCUGGACCUAAAGCUCAUCGCUGACAUGGGCCUUGUCGGCUUCCCAAAUGCAGGAAAGUCCUCCCUCCUGACAGCCAUGUCCAAUGCCACACCUGAGAUUGCCAGCUACGCUUUCACAACUUUGAAGCCGGAGAUUGGCAAACUGAUGUACAAAGAUUACAAGCAGAUUUCUGUCGCUGAUCUGCCAGGCCUGAUUGAGGGAGCUCACAUAAACAAAGGAAUGGGUCACAAGUUCCUAAAACAUGUGGAGAGGACAAAGCAGCUGCUGUUUGUGGUGGACGUUUGCGGCUUCCAGCUGGCAAGUAAAACACCAUUUAGGUCGGCCUUUGACGCUGUUCAGCUUCUCACCAAGGAGUUGGAGUUGUACAAAGAGGAGCUUGUAUCAAAGCCAGCUUUACUGGUGGUGAAUAAGAUGGACCUGCCUGACGCUGAGGACAAGCUAGCAGAGCUGAUGGAGCAACUGCAAAACCCAGAUGAGUUCUGUGAUGUGUUGCCUGCUGACAUGAUACCAAAAAACUACAUGGCCUUCAGACACGUGGUUCCCGUCUCUGCCUCCACUGGGUUUGGCAUCGACCGUUUGAAAAGCUGCAUCCGAGAAUCGCUUGAUGAAGAUGCAGAAAUGGAAACUAAAGACCUCCAUCAAGAAAGACUGCAGGCACUGAGGAAGCAGCAGCAGUUGUGACAGACACAGACAACAUGUCACACAUUUCAGUGGAACCUACGGUGUACGGCGACAUCUCAUUCUGUCUGUCAAACUAGUUGAACUCAAAUGGCAGAAAAACAUCAUCCACUGAGGAAACCCCCGUAAAGCUAUGUGGUGUCGGUGCAGACCUGGAGUUACGGAGGAUCGCCACAGCCAAAACAUCCAGUGUUACGAGGCUUCACGACUUCAGCUCGAGUUGAAACCUGCUCUGAAUAGGUACUUGUUUGGUCGGAGGCUCAAAAUCUAAGAUGCAGAAAUUACAUGCUGUAAAAAGACAGAAGAAAACCUUUUGAACACUGGAUGGAUUUAUCUCUGUGAAAUCAAGAUAACGCAAAAACGUGAAUUUGCACCAACCAGUUCUUUUCUAUUUCAUUUGGUCGCUCAUGAAGAUUAAGACUGCAUUUAUUUCUUUAUUGCUGCGUGUUGGGAGGGAUGCACUGAUCCACUUGAUCUUCCCAGACGCUGAGUCACAACAUAUCAGCCUGUUGUGACUGAAUGAAUGUAACUGAUUGUGAAAACACUUAAUUUCAGUUCGUGUCUGGCUGAUACCAGCUCUGCUAAAUAUUUGAUCCAUGCAUCUCAAGUACUAUAUUGUAAUAUGAAGCAGUUCCAGUAUACCUGUUGUGUUUCAUGUUUCAGGUUAUUAGAAAUGUCAGCAUAGACAGAUGUGUUGAUGAAAGUUUUAUUUUAUAUUAAAUAUAUUACAAUACUGAAUGAGUAAGAGGGAAAAAAAAUAUGGGGAUUGAUUUUUGCAUCAUCAGUCUGUACAGCAUACAGGCAAAAAAAAAAAAAAAAAAAAAAGACAGCAACAGCAGUAUUUAGAUUUGAACUUGUACAUACGGGGUUUUCAAGUCUCCUGCAGCAGAGUGCUGAUGUGUCUGGCAGGAUGGGACCACACGUUUGAGAACUGGGUGGUUGGCAUGCUCCAGUACAUGAAUACAUUCAAGUCUCUGGCCAGACAGAGACGGACAGCUCAUCUGUUAGGAUCUGUCAGUCCAACCGUGUGCGCAGGAGGAUACAGCAGAUAUGUUUGAGAGAUUGACAGCUGUGUACAAUCACAGAAAUGACUGCAGCCUGCAUGGUCCCAUCCUUAGCGGAGAGUCCUCAGGACGUCGCACAGUGCAGUGUGCAGAACAAAUGUCUUGCUGUUGCACAGUAUUAUGAUGUUAAAAAUAUUUCUCAAAAGCUUUGAGACAGUGCUCUCCACAGCCGCGGGUAGCCCGGGAAGAUGACCGGGCCGCUAGACACUGAUCAAUACUUUUAAGAAGAAGACCAGGGGGAAGAAGAAAGCACUGGUCGAAGGCAAAUCAUGAGCCCAUACAGAUCUCAUGUACAACAUUAUGUGUGUCCAAAACCUUAUAUGAUACAAAUUAGCACAUGCCAGAGAAUCGACCACUUCUAUUGGCCCCCGGGACAAAUGUGUUUAAAAAAAACUCAACAUGUCUCCAUUCAAACUCAUCAACACACAUAAUUACAAUAAUGCACUUAAUUACUGUUUGAAUUGUUGCUGUACAUAAUGCUGAGAAAAAAGUGAACAUUACAAAGGUACUUAAUAAAAAAGAUACUAGUAGCAAUAUUAGUCCAAUAGUGUGAAGAUCAUCUUACCUAUACAGUCCUAAUGCAUACAUGAAUUACAAAUGAGUGCCCACACUGGAACAAAAACAGUAAAA